CGAGGGGUUAUUUGUAGUUCAAGACCGUGCCAUAAACUUCGCUUGGAGUUAAGUUUCUCCAGAAUCAAUCUUUGAAUUUAGAGCCAAAUGUGAUUAUCAAUAACAAUGGAUGAAAAAUUACACUCUGAGAGUGGGAGAGGGAUUCAUUGUCACAAUGUGACAGUCUUGUUAUCCAGUAAUGUUACCAAGAGAAAUGAUCAAAUAUGUAUGCCAACCACAAUUGAUAUGGCAAAGCUUAAAAAGAAAGGAAAAGGGCAAUUUGUUAACAAUGUAGAAUUCAAUAUUAACAUGUCAGAAGAAGAUGUAAAGAGGAGACUUCUUUCACAUUUUCCAAAUUUGGAAAAUCAAAUAUUUUUUUGUGCCUCGGCGGUUGACAAAGGCACACCGCUGGAGUUUCAUGGGGAAAAAUCAGUAUGGGAUGGGGAGUUCAUGAAAAAGACCCUCAAGGGAAAUUCAGCUCUUUACAUCUUUACUGAGAUGACAGAUUCUGAGUGGUCUGCAAGCACCUUGCCACAAGGACAAAAUGUUCAUACACAGUCCAGGCAUUUUGCAGAUAAAACGUCAGGAAAAAGGAAGAAUGAUGAAAGUGACCCUGCAGCUAAGAGAGCCAAAGAAGCUUCUGUUGAACCACCAUUUUUCAAUAUAAGAACUCCCAUUUUGUUUUAUCCUGUAAAUAUGGCACAAAUUGAACCACAGGGACAUCCCGCAACAUCAACAAUGACAAUGAUGCAAAAUCAUAUCAGCUUACAAAAGUUUUAUGUAGACCAGUCUUCUAGAGCAACGGGCUUUCCGAAAAAUUCCACUCCAGUCACACAUACCAGAACAAGCAGCACUUUUGUUCCAGGCCAACAGACACAAGCUUCAGGGGGCACUUUACCAUCAACCCCCACUCCAGUUUCUAUGCUAUCUUCUCCUCACCUAGUUAAUUGGCAAACCUCAGCUGUUGGAAAAGAUAUCUUUGAUUCAUCACAGCUUGGCAACAGAAUUCCAGUUAGAAAUCUACCAGAACUUAGACAACAGACUCAGACAGGAUUAGAUCAGUAUGUUUUGCAAAACAAAAGUAGUUUGCUUCUAGGAACAUCUCAGAGUGCUGGUAGUAGCAUAGCAAGUAGAUGUGCGGGCACCAGUUUACAUUCAGCCACCCAACAAAGAAGAGAAGAUCAGGAACAAUCUUACAAACCUGAAGUAGUCCCAGAGGUACAAUUAAAAAUGAUCAUUGUAGUUGAUGAGAAUUGUCUAUGU